AUGUGGCGGGUGAAGCAGUUUGCUCAAUUCGAGGCUGGCCACGAGCCCACAGACUCAGUCCCUACUCCGGCCCCGUUGGCAGCAACGUGUGUCGGACACGACAGUUGCCAGCCGUGGCGAGAGAUGAGUCCUAGCGAUAUGGCCCAACUUGUUGUCAAUGUCGGCUGUGAACUUGGCCAGGAGGUAGAAAGGGAUGACCGAAACGGGAUGGGCUGGGUUGGGAUGACACGGUAG